CAAUCAUUCUACUAAACACACUUCAACCCCACUCCACAGAGAUAACACACUUGCAACUAUGAGUGAAAUCGAGGGGUCUUCUUGCCUGAUACACACCGGCAAUAUGUUGAAGAUGCUACCUGGUUCUGUAAUCACGGAUAACAACAACAGCUUGUUCGUGAGCCGUUUGGACCAGUCAACACCCAGUUCUGACUUGAACCAAGUUAUCAAAGCCGUCAAUGAGUUGCGGGUGGAGGGCAAAAUCGAUCAGCUGGGUGUCAGCGACUUUAACAAAGAGGAGAUCACACAGAUGAUAGAAGAGACCGAGGUUUACCCUGACCAGGCACAAGUUGAUGUGUCUGAGAAAUCGAUGAAUUGCGAAUGUGUCCAGUUUGGCAAAGAUAAUAAUAUCGAGUUUAUAGCUCACGCGGAUCCACCAGGUAGUGUAUAGAAUCAGUGUGAUUUUGGUGUAUUCUAUUCAGCAAAGUUGUAUGUUGGUACGGCUUUCUCGCGCUGACGACUGUUAAUUCGCGUAUAUCCACUUGUCGUGGGAGUAGAGUACACCAUCGAUCAAUGUGUAUCUGCCGUAUACUCAUGCAUUUCUUAGGCGACCGUCUAGUCGAUCAAUGUUAAUCUGCCGUAUACUCAUGCAUUUCUUAGGAAACCGUCUUGUCGAUCAACGCUUAUCUGUCGUAUACUCAUGCAUUUCUGAAUACCAAAGAGGAAGCACGAUACUCGACGUAGUGGUUGUGGUAGAAGAACCUCACCUGAGAAUAUUUACUUGUGGCUAUGGUGGGAGUGAACAACAAUCAAAUGCGUUGUUUGAAGCUAGACUGGCGCGAGUAUAGUGGAAGUUGAGUUCUGCCAGUAAUACUAAUUGAUAACGCGAUCAGUACUAUCCCAACUCGGAAGUGCAUGUUACAGCGAGGAUGUGGCAAAUCUGCGGGAUUCUUCAUAUUGGUGUAAAAGACCGACAGCUAUUUUGAGUUGCACAUGCAUUCACAAACUACUACUGUGAGCUUCUCCAAUGCCUAAAUAUGACUCUACCUCGAUUUGGGAAUGUGCUUGUGACACCAAGUAUCCCUGCAGAAAACAUCAAUCAUUUCGUACGAACAAUAUCUGGCAUCAUUCUUCUGUGUGAAGCUGAUACCUAAACUCAGUGUGUCGCCAAAUCUAUGCGAAUCAUCCCCUUCGCGACACUUCGAGUCUUGCCCUAAAAUCAAAUCACGCUGUGCACUGCAUCGUAUUUAUUU